GUAACCAAGCUGCCUGCCUUGCCCACCCAAUGCUGUCAAGCUUCCGUUCCCGUCCCGCCAAACCCACCAACAUCGCAACCGUGAAUCGCCUCAGCCCGACCAUCAUCCCGUGACGAUACCUAGACUCGGGCGAGACGACUACCGAACAUUGACAAGAUCAUCACUUGACAGCGCUGUGCCGCAUCCCGUGAUUGCACUCUGAGCCAUUCCCCGCGAUCCGAGACCCGAACGAUGGCGCAAGAAAGCGAUCUGUCCAAGACGGCCGACAAGGGCAAGGGGAAGGCCGUUGAUGAUACAACACAGAAGGACAAGGCCGGGCAGCCCGUGGCCAACGGCAAGAAAGAUGAUGAUAAGGCCGAAUCUUCGGAAGAGCUCAGCGAGGAGGAUCAGCAGCUGAAAAACGAGCUCGACAUGCUGGUUGAGAGGUUGACUGAGUCCAAUGCGUCUCUCUACAAGCCGGCUCUCGAGGCCAUGAAGACUUUCAUCAAGACAUCAACCUCCUCCAUGACGGCGGUCCCCAAGCCGCUAAAGUUCCUACGGCCACACUACGAGACGAUGACGAAGCUGUACGACGAAUGGCCUGCAGGCGAUGACAAGAAUUCCUUGGCCGAUGUGCUGUCUGUCAUCGGCAUGACCUUCUCCGACGAAGAUCGGCAGGACACCCUCAAGUACCGCCUCCUCGCACCCACCCAAGACAUCGGCUCCUGGGGCCACGAAUACGUCCGCCAUCUCGCGCUUGAAAUUGGCGAGGUUUAUGCGAAGCGCAUUGCCGCCGACGAGCCAACAGCAGACCUGGUCGACCUCGCGCUGAUCCUGGUGCCGCUCUUCCUCAAGAGCAAUCAGGAGGCAGAUGCCGUCGACCUGAUGAGCGAGCUCGAGAUCAUCGAGGAGCUCCCCAGAUUUGUUGACGAGAACACCUAUGGGAGGGUCUGCCUGUACAUGGUCUCGAUGGUCAACCUGCUUACCUACCCGGACAACGAGCAGUUCCUCCGUGUGGCGCACGGUAUCUACAAGACUUACAAGCAGUACACUCAAGCCAUGGUUCUCGCCAUCAGACUUAACGACCACGAGCUCAUCUCUUCCGACUUCAACGACGCGCCGGACCCUGCGCUGAAGAAGCAGCUUGCCUUCCUCGUCGCCCGCCAAAGGAUAUGUCUGGACAACGAGCGCGAGACCACGGAUGACGAGGAGAUUGUAGAGUGUCUCGGCAACGUGAAGCUUCCGGAGCAUUUCAAGGCGCUUGGCAAGGAGCUCAACAUCCUGGAGCCCAAGACGACCGAAGAUAUCUACAAGAGCCACUUAGAAAGCAGCCGUGUCGCUGGCCUCACUAACUUCGACUCGGCCCGCAACAACCUGGCGGCUGCCUUUGUCAACGCGUUCGUGAACGCCGGCUUCGGAAACGACAAGAUGAUGCUUGUCGAGAAAGACAAGGAGAGCUGGGUGUGGAAGACGAAGGAGGAGGGCAUGAUGUCGACGGUCGCCUCUCUCGGAACGCUGCUUUUGUGGGAUAUCGAGAAUGGCCUGGACCAGGUCGACAAGUACACCUACCUCGAAGAGGAGCAGAUCCAGGCCGGCGCCUACCUCGCGAUAGGAAUCAUGAACUCUGGCGUCCGGCUGGAUUCCGAGCCUGCCAUGGCCCUCCUUGCCGAUCACGAUAAGCUCAACCACAAGAACCCCCUGAUCCGGGUGGCCGCCAUCAUGGGUCUCGGUCUGUCGUAUGCCGGUUCGAACAAGGAGGAGCUCCUGACCUACCUCCUGCCCAUAAUCUCCGACACGAGCCAAGAGAUUCGGGUGUCGGCGAUGGCUGCUCUGGCUUGCGGCUUGAUCUUCGUCGGGUCUUCUCACGCCGAAGCCGGCGAGGCCAUCAUCAUGACCCUGAUGGAUGAGGAGCGCAAGAGCCAGCUUACGGAUAAAUGGACGCGCUUCCUCGCGCUCGGCCUGGGCCUUCUCUACUUUGGCCGCCAAGAGGAAGUUGAUGUGGUCCUCGAGACGCUCAAGGUGGUGGAGCAUCCCAUGGCGAAGCCGACCUCGGUUCUGGCCUCGAUCUGCGCCUGGGCUGGUACUGGCGCGGUUCUCAAGAUCCAGGAGCUCCUUCACCUGUGUAAUGAGCACAUGGAGGAGUCGGACGAGAAGAAGGGCGACGAAUUGUUGCAGGCCUACGCGGUCCUCGGCAUCGGCCUGAUCGCCAUGGGCGAAGACAUCGGCCAGGACAUGGUACUCCGCCAUUUCGGCCAUCUGAUGCACUAUGGCGAGGCAAACAUUCGGAGGGCGGUGCCUCUGGCUAUGGGUCUCGUCAGUCCCAGCAACCCGCAAAUGAAGAUCUACGACACGCUCUCGCGGUACAGCCACGACAACGACAACGACGUCGCCAUCAACGCCAUCUUCGCCAUGGGCCUGUUGGGUGCCGGUACCAACAACGCGAGGUUGGCGCAACUCCUCCGUCAGCUUGCCAGCUACUACCACCGCGAUCAGGAGUCCCUCUUCAUGGUGCGCAUCGCACAGGGUCUCCUGCACAUGGGCAAGGGCACCCUCUCCAUCAACCCCUUCCAUACGGAUCGCCAGAUCCUCUCGCGGGUCUCGGCGGCUGGCCUCCUCACCGUCCUCGUGGCCAUGAUCGACGCGAAGCAGUUCAUCACAUCCAACUCGCACUAUCUGCUAUACUUCCUCGUUACCGCCAUGCAUCCCCGCUUCCUCGUCACCCUGGACGAGAACCUAAAGCCGCUGACCGUGAACGUGCGCGUCGGCCAGGCAGUCGACGUUGUCGGCCAGGCCGGUCGUCCCAAGACCAUCACCGGCUGGCAGACGCAGAGCACGCCCGUGUUGCUGGCAUACGGCGAGCGUGCCGAGCUUGAGGACGAAGAGUACAUCAGCCUGAGCAACACCCUCGAAGGCCUCGUGAUUCUGCGCAAGAAUCCCGACUGGGACGAUGGGAAAUAGACGGCGCGUACAACACCUGAUGAGGAGGGGUCAUGCAGCCCAAUGGUGCACGCGAGGCAGGCUUCCAGCAGGAAUGGAAAAGAGAUGAUAAAUAAACAUGUGUACAAAUACUGAGCCGAGCAGCCAGACGGCUUCUGGUUUCCAAAAUGAACUGACAUACGCCGGAAGCGCCGAUUAUUAUUACAGGUAUCCGUCGAACGUUGCAUUCGCCCUCUUCGGUGACGA